CAACACGCAACGCGCUGACGCAAUUCCGCUACGCGCGAAAUUUUGAGCUUUGAGUUCUCAACAAAACAAGCGUCGGUUCCCGCUUCACACAACAACAAUCGACUGAAAGGCUCAGAAUGGCGGAGUUGGGCUGCUACUCUCCCAGCUUUAAAAAGCCGUCCGAUGUUCUGCGGAUGAGACGGAAGCGAGCGAGGAGCGAAGGACCCGGCCGGAGGACGUCGAGCCCGGCGGUGUCGGUGGACGGAGUCCGUCCGUUCUCACCGGGGCCGCUGUUGAACGCACCGGGCCGGACGAGCGGCGGCGUGAAGCGCAGAAAUCCGUUCGCGAACAUCGAGAACACCUACAACAGUCCCAAGAAAAGAGCUUUGUCAAACACCGAGGGAGAGAAAGGCGCUCUGGACGGUAAAAAGGCGGCAGUUGCGGUUUUGGACGGGAAAUUCAUAGAAGAACGAAAGAACGCUGGAACGUCAUUGAGAGAAGAGCUGUUAAAUACCGACCAUCAAAAACAACACGAGAUAAAGACGCCUGUGUCUCUCUCUGAAGAUGAUAGUUUGUUUGAGGAGGAUCUGUUUGAGCCGGAGAGAUCCACUCCAGUGCUGAAGAGUCCAGAGGCGGUUCGUGACGUGGCUCCAGCUGAAGUUUGUCUGGAGUUCCCGGCCGAUUGGUCCCUUAAAACGCGUCUGUUGUUCACGUCUCCUCAGUCGUUCUCCUGGGCUGAGCAUCUGAAGGCGCAGGAGGAGGCACAGGGCUUGAGCUCUCACUGCAGGGCCGAGUACGCCAGCUUACCUGCUCAUAUACAGGAGCCGCGGGGCUGUGCGGAGCUGCGCUGUGGUUUUCAGCAGUGUCUUCAGUACUGGCAGCACCCGUCUCUGCCCUGGCUCUCCCUCUUCCCACGGAUUGGCGCAGAACGCAAGUUCUCUGGCAAGUGCAUGCCGUGGGCGCAGGACGCAGCGCUGCAGCAGAGUCUGAUGAGCGACUGGUCUGUGAGUCUGACGUCUCUCUACAGUCUGCUGAAGGCCAGACUCUGUCCGUAUUUCUACCUGUGCUCGUAUCAGUUCACGGUGCUGUUCAGGGCGGCCGGUCUGAGCGGUGCUAAUGGCAUCAGCGCGCUGCUGUCCCCCACCACUAGAGGGCUGCGAGAGGCCAUGAAAGCAGAGGGAAUAGAGUUCUCACUCCCUCUGCUGGAGGAGAAGAGGAAGAGCAAAGACCUCGGCUCAUCUCAGCAGGGUGAGAGCGUCCAGCAGACGGACGGCGAGGAGUCGACCGGCGGCGCUGUAUUAAGCGAGCACAGCGAAAACGAGGAGGAUGAAGAAGAUGAUGACGACGGUGGAUUUUCCUGGCUGAAGGAGAUGGGCGUCCAAGACAAGAUCAAGAAACCUGAUGCCAUUUCUAUCAAACUUCGUAAAGAGCACAGAGAGGUGCGUUUGGACCACAGACCCGAAUCCGUGGUGUUGGUGGAGGGUUCGAACACCUUCACGCUCCUCAACUUCCUCAUUAACUGUAAGAGUUUGGUGGCUGGAGCCGGUUCUCAGGCAGGACUUCCUCCCACGCUGCUGGCCCCUACAGCCUUCAAAGGAGCCACACUGCACUCGCUCAAGGCCCGUACUGUGAAUGUGAAGACUCAGGUGAGAACGGGCUAUCAGGAUGUGUGCAGUCUGGAGGUGACGGGACCCAUCAUGCCCCACACACUCCACGCACUGACGCAGCUCCUCAAACCCGCUCAGAAAGGAGAGUUUUCUGUGGGUCUCUACACCCACGAACCCACGGCCGUCCUAAACGUGCCCAUCAGCCAGACCCCUGAACCUCAGCAACAGGAGGCUUUUGUACAGGAUCUGAGCAGGUGCGGCCUUCAGCAGAGCUCCGUUCAGCAGCUAGCAGCGCCGAGCAUGCUGGGAAAGAGUGCGCUCAGACAGCUGCACAUGAGAGACUAUUCGUACAGCUGGAAGUCCUGAGAUCCGGCUCUCCUGCCCCCACGGCCACUGGGAAAACAUUUAUAGAGACCUGACAGGCCCGGCCUAUUAAUAUCUGGGGCGUAUCAGGCUUCCUGUGACGCUUACAGUAGGGGAAGCAGCUCACAUGAGCAUGGACGAACUCACUUCAACUUCAUCUUUAUCUUUAUAGAGACUGUGCUUGUAAAUAGUGUAGCUUUUAUAGUGUGCUGUAUGAAAACAUUAGAUGUUUGGACAGAGUUGUUUUAUUUUUAUGGACUGUAAUAAUGUAUUAGACUGUAUGUGUGAUUUAAAGUUUAAUUUUUAAUCAGCGUCUAAGUGAAGUAUGUGUGUUAAAAUCUUUCAUGAUCUGUUAAAAUCCUUUUCGCCAGUGUGUUUGUCACGCUUGUAUGAAUUUUAUUAAAUUAAUAAGUUGAAAUAU